CGCCCCCGCGCCGCGGGUCCUGGGUUUUCCUCAUUCCACUCGCGCUCCCGCCAGCUAACAAGUCGGAGGGCGGCUGACUCACCGAGGGUUGUCUCCAAGGGACCGGCCCGCAGGCACUGCCAUGGCCCCUGUGCUCAGCAAGGACGCGCCGGACAUCGAGAGUAUCCUGGCCUUGAAUCCUCGAAUACAAACUCAUGCGACUCUGCGUUCAACUUCGGCCAAGAAAAUAGACAAGAAACAUUGGAAAAGAAAUCCCGAUAAGAACUGCUUUGGCUGUGAGAAGCUGGAGAAUAAUUUUGAUGACAUCAAGCACACGACUCUGGGGGAGCGGGGAGCUCUGCGAGAGGCAGUGAGGUGCCUGAAAUGUGCAGACGCCCCGUGCCAGAAAAGCUGCCCAACGAAUCUGGACAUCAAGUCGUUCAUCACAAGCAUUGCUAACAAGAACUAUUAUGGAGCUGCUAAGAUGAUUUUUUCAGACAACCCUCUCGGACUGACCUGUGGAAUGGUGUGCCCGACCUCUGACCUUUGUGUAGGUGGCUGCAAUUUAUACGCCACUGAAGAGGGGCCGAUUAAUAUUGGUGGACUGCAGCAGUUUGCCACUGAGGUGUUCAAAGCAAUGAAUAUACCACAGAUCAGGGACCCCUCUCUGCCUCCCCCAGAGGAGAUGCCUGAAGCCUAUUCAGCAAAGAUCGCUCUGCUCGGGGCUGGGCCUGCGAGUAUCAGCUGUGCUUCCUUUCUGGCUCGAUUAGGCUACUCUGACAUCACUAUAUUUGAAAAACAAGAAUAUGUCGGUGGUCUAAGUUCUUCUGAAAUCCCUCAGUUCCGGCUGCCAUUUGAUGUUGUGAAUUUUGAGGUUGAGCUUAUGAAGGACCUCGGUGUGAAGAUAAUUUGCGGUAAAAGCCUUUCAGCGAAUGAAAUGACUCUUCACACUUUGAAAGCAGAGGGGUACAAAGCCGCUUUCAUCGGCAUUGGCCUGCCAGAGCCCAACAGAGACCGCAUCUUCGACGGCCUGACGCCGGAGCAGGGCUUCUACACGUCCAAAGACUUCCUGCCUCUCGUGGCCAAAGCCAGCAAAGCAGGAAUGUGCGCCUGCCCCUCCCCGCUGCCAUCCGUGCGGGGAAACGUGAUCGUCCUGGGCGCGGGGGACACCGCCUUCGACUGCGCGACGUCCGCCCUGCGCUGCGGCGCCCGCCGCGUGUUCGUCGUCUUCCGGAAGGGCUUCGUUAACAUCAGAGCUGUCCCCGAGGAGAUGGAGCUUGCUAAGGAAGAAAAAUGUGAAUUUUUGCCUUUCCUGUCCCCACGGAAGGUUAUAGUCAAAGGCGGUAGGAUUGCGGCGAUGCAGUUUGUUCGGACGGAGCAAGACGAAGCCGGGAACUGGAGCGAAGACGAGGACCAGAGGGUCCAGCUAAAAGCGGAUAUGGUGAUCAGCGCCUUCGGCUCCGUCCUGCAGGACUCCGCAGUAAAAGCUGCCUUGAGCCCCAUCAAAUUUAACAGAUGGGGCCUCCCAGAAGUGGAUCCAGAAACGAUGCAAACCAGCGAGCCGUGGGUGUUUGCAGGUGGCGAUCUCGUUGGAAUGGCGAACACGACUGUGGAAUCCGUGAACGAUGGGAAGCAAGCAUCUUGGUUUAUUCACAAAUACAUACAGUCCCAGCACGGAGCUGCGGUGCCCGCGCGGCCCGCGUUGCCGCUCUUCCACACGCCCGUGGACCUCGUGGACCUCAGCGUGGAGGUGGCCGGGCUGAAGUUCGCCAACCCCUUCGGGCUCGCCAGCGCCACCCCAGCCACCAGCACCUCCAUGAUUCGGAGAGCGUUCGAAGCCGGGUGGGCUUUUGCCCUGACCAAAACUUUCUCUCUGGAUAAGGACAUCGUGACGAACGUGUCGCCCAGGAUCAUCCGGGGGACCACCUCAGGCCCCCUGUACGGCCCAGGACAAAGCUCCUUCCUGAACAUCGAGCUCAUCAGUGAGAAAACGGCAGCAUACUGGUGUCAAAGUGUCACCGAGCUAAAGGCUGACUUUCCAGACAAUGUCCUGAUCGCCAGCAUCAUGUGCAGCUACAACAAGAACGACUGGAUGACGCUCUCGAAAAUGGCCGAGGCUUCCGGAGCAGAUGCGCUGGAGUUGAACCUGUCCUGUCCACAUGGCAUGGGCGAACGGGGGAUGGGCCUGGCCUGCGGGCAGGACCCGGAGCUGGUGCGGAACAUCUGUCGCUGGGUUAGGCAAGCUGUUCGCAUCCCUUUUUUUGCCAAAUUAACCCCGAAUGUCACCGACAUCGUUAGUAUCGCAAGAGCUGCAAAGGAAGGUGGCGCAGAUGGCGUGACCGCCACCAACACGGUCUCGGGCCUGAUGGGACUUAAAGCCGACGGCACACCCUGGCCGGCCGUGGGCUCCGGGAAGCGGACGACGUAUGGCGGAGUGUCAGGCACGGCCAUCAGACCUAUCGCUCUGAGAGCGGUGUCCGCCAUUGCUCGCGCGCUGCCUGGGUUUCCCAUUCUGGCCACCGGUGGAAUUGACUCGGCGGAGAGCGGCCUUCAGUUCCUGCACAGUGGAGCCUCGGUCCUCCAGGUGUGCAGUGCGGUCCAGAACCAGGACUUCACCGUGAUCGACGACUACUGCACGGGCCUCCGGGCCCUGCUGUACCUGAAGGGCAUCGAGGAGCUGCGCGACUGGGACGGGCAGAGCCCCCCGACCAGGAGCCACCUGAAAGGGAAGCCCGUGCCGCGGGUCGCCGAGCUCACAGGAAAGAAACUGCCAAGCUUUGGACCCUACCUGGAACAGCGCAAGAAAAUCGUAGCGGAGCACAAGCUCACACUGAAGGGGGAACGCGCCGCUCUCCCGGCCCCCGAGAGGCAGCUUUUCAUCCCCAAAAAGCCGAUUCCCACCGUCAAGGACGUCAUCGGAAGGGCGCUGCCACACCUGGGGGCCUUCAAGGACCUGAACACCAUGGAGCAGGUGGUGGCCAUGAUCGAUGAGGAGAUGUGCAUCAACUGUGGCAAAUGCUACAUGACCUGCAAUGACUCCGGCUACCAGGCCAUCCAGUUCGACCCUGAGACCCACCUGCCCAGCGUGUCAGACGGCUGCACCGGCUGCACCCUGUGCCUCAGCGUCUGCCCGAUCAUCGACUGCAUCCGGAUGGUUGCCAGGACCGCCCCGUACGAGCCCAAGAGGGGCUUGCCCUUGGCCGUGGGGCCGGUGUGCUAAGGCGGUUGCUGACGCCCUUCGGUGAGCUCCGAGGCCGCCCACACACGCGUGUCUUUUUCCUUGUGCUCGCGCGGUCUGGCGCUUUCAAAAUUAAAGCAAACACAUAAUUUCUAGAGAGAAAUCUAAUAUCUAGAUAAAUGUCUAAAUUAUAAAAAAAAAAAAAAAAGUCCACUACCUGCAACCAUUCACUGGUCAUAAAAUCGUGAAAAAUAUUAAGUUUUUCUGCCAAUUAAUGUGGCAAUUUCCAAACUGGCCUGUGCUGUCCUCUUUGAUUUUUUAUUGUAAGUGAAAGUUAAGUAUUUUAGAACAAAGUACAAUUUAACCUACAAAAAGAUGUUUCCAAGGAAACAUUUUAUAAUAAAAAAUCACACUUAAUUUUAACACUGUUUCUAAGCAAAUAUAAUUAUCUCCAGGAAGCACAGAUGAAGAAAGUCAAAUAAUUUUUUACAGUGCCAGGAGAACACGAGCCAAAGGGUCUGCAAAACUUUGCAGAGAGAGACCCCUCCGCCGGCCUCGCCGCCUUCGGGCGCCAGGUGGUGAGCGAUAGUGUGUGGUGCCCGUGGGCUCCGCGCCGCCGUUCCCGCCCAGCCCCGAGGCCGGCGUCCAGCCCUGCCUGUGAGUCAGCACAGCGUUCUUCUUAAAUGUGCAAACUAUGUUCCUGACCAAACACGGCAUCUGGGCAGAGCUCUGGUGAAAGCCGCUCUUCUCCGCACACAGAUCUGCUCUCUGAUUUUAAUAAUAACCUUCAUUAUAGCAAUUAACAUUUGAACAGCAUCCAAAUUAUACAGCAGUGGGUCAUGUGCUUUGUUAUUCAAGAAUGAAAAAUAUAGUAUUGGUAAUAUAUGUUAAAUGAGCAAAAGCAGUACAACUACUCUUUCUUUUAAUGCUUAUGUUAAGUUUGAGAAGUCAUGGAAUAAAAAAGAAAUAUAUUUUUUCUGCACUUGCCAAACAAUAUUUUUGCAUCUAUUUUCACAAUCAGCAUACAGCACCUUGUAAUCCAGGUAUCUCUUAUUGGCAGCGUAUUUUGAUACACAUUCCUAAGUAGUAAACCUUUAACAAUUCAUGGCGUGUCUCUGUGACAAAUGGAAGGUGGGAAAGUACAACGUUUGAUUAUGCACUUUGCGAUAUGAACAUUUACUGCCAAAUCUAUAUGAUUGAAUAAUAUCAAAUAAAAUUUCACGAAGCAUUUU